UCCUUCGUGUAACGAACUUCUGCAUUCUACACUUGGCACUACCUCGAACUCAGUCUUCUGCUCAGGUUGAGAAAGUUUACUGCGUAAGUUUGCCUGCCAGACCUUAGUGCGAAACUCCGUUACUGUUUACCUCCUACUGCUGACUAGCCUUGGCGAAACAACUCCAGCAGACAGAGCUCACAACAUGCAGGCCCAUGCUGGGCACCUGGCCAGGAUUAGCCAGCUGUGUGAAUAAAAUACUUAACAGAAAGCAUGAAUGCUCCUCAGUGUCUUAUCGAAGUAAGCAAGGAUGGAAAAAUGACCAUCAGACCUGAAACGCUACAGAUUGUGAAAAAAAUCAACAAGCGUUUAGUUAUUGUUGGAAUUGCUGGUAUAUACCGCACAGGAAAAUCAUACUUAAUGAAUAGACUGGCUGGAAGAGGUUCUGGCUUUUUAGUUACCCCAGGAGUACAGAGCAGUACUAGAGGAAUUUGGAUGUGGUGUCUUCCACACCCACAUAAAUCUGAUUGUGUUCUGAUGUUACUUGAUACUGAGGGCCUUCAAGCAAUUAAACAGAAAGCACAAGUCAGCAGCAAGAUUUUUUCACUGGUUGUUCUUCUGAGCAGCACACUAAUUUAUAACAACAUGGGAGUAAUCAACCAGCAUCUCUUAUCAGAUCUACAAUUUAUAACUGAACUGACAAAAAUCAUCCAAGUAAAGACAAAGACCAUAGAAGAAAAGUGUAAAAAUUAUGCAUCUUUUUUUCCUGACUUGAUCUGGGCUCUACGGGACUUUACAAAUGUCCUAGAAUUAGAAGGACAGAAGUGUACUGCCGAUCAGUACUUAGAAUAUGUUCUGAAUUCAUUCUCAGAUUCUGAUGAUGAAGAUACUGAACAUGGGAGCAUAGCAAAAACAUUCAUCAUGGAAUCUUUUCCAAACCAAAACUGCUUUGUCUUUGAGCAACCUGCAACACCGAAACUGAUUGCAAAUUGCAGCAAGCUUGAGAAUACGUCUUUGAAUUUAACAUUUUUGGAACAAUCAGAAACUUUCUGUCAACAUAUAUAUAAUAAAUCCAAAGUUAAAUGCAUAUGUGGAGAAGAGGUUAGAAAUGGUGAAGUCUUAGCAAGAUUUAUUCAUCUCUAUGUGAACUACAUAAAUUCCGGCGACAUUCCGUUGUACAAGCAUGCUGUCCAAACCCUGUCUACUACGGUGAAUACAGAGAUGAUAGAGAAAGCUUUGAACAAUUAUAAACAAAAAAUGAGAGCUCAAAGCAAAAUUCCAACAGAAACCAAACAGGAACUGGAAGAAGUUCAUAAAAAAAACAUGGACGAAACAGUUGCAAUUUUCAGAAAGGGGUGCUUCGGGGAUAAUGGAGAUGCUGAAAAUAAACUAAAGCAUGCAGUAAAUGAAUGGUAUCAAGAACACUGCAAAGAUAAUGAAGAGCUGUCACGCAGACUAUGUGAAUCCUUGCUGAUACGUUUAUUUAAGGACAUAGAACAGAAGUACAGAAGCAAAUUUUAUGCAGAACAAGAUGAAUAUCAAGGACAUCAACUGUAUCUUAAAGAUCGUAAUGUAGCAGUCCAGGACUAUAAUGAAACAAUGGGCCUUGGAGUCAUGAAACAAAACUCACUGGACUCUCAAAUGGAGAAAGAGAAUGACAGAGAAGAAUGUAUUCUAAAAGAAGCUGAUCAGGAUGUAUUAGAUCACACAUUUUUAAAUGAGUUACAUCAGCAGGAGGUUGCCAUCAUGGCCAUUUUUGGGCCACUUGACAGCGAUUAUAGUGAACUUUCUAAGUUUACAGAAAUGUUAUGA